AUGACGACCGUGGCUCUGCUGCUGCUUAUCAUUGCUUUUACAUCAGCCAACGCCAUACAGUUGGUUAUAUUCCUCGCAGAGCGAAGAAGUCAGUUCACACGUUACCGCUCAUGGAACUCACGGAUGUAUCCUGUCUGGAAGGAUGGAGACACCAGAUUCAGAAACUGUUGGUUCGGUGGUGAAGUAACCUUUGACCUUAAAAGCGAUGGACCCACCCUGACUGGAGCAAGAACAACCUUCAAUAUUAAUCUAAAUUUCCCGCCGAAUCAGACGGCGCUCUCAGACGGUCAGGUGGUCUGGGCACGUAACUGCACCAUCGAUGGACAACAGUAUCAGGAGGGUCAGGCUGUGUAUCCCAACCAGGACACUGAGCAGACGGGCCUGUUUCCAGACGGCACACCAUUCAACAGGAGCCAGAACAAGAAACCUCACUAUGUGUUCGUUUGGAAGACUUGGGGGCGAUACUGGCAGGUGGCAGAUGGACCGUCCUCCUCCCUCACAAUCGGUACAGACAACGUUCCCCUGGGCUCCUAUAACAUGGAGGUUGUCAUCUAUCACUGCCGCGGCAAAGACAAGUUCAUCCCUCUCGGCUACGCCUCCUCAGUCUUCUCUGUCACAGACCAGGUUCCCUUCAGCAUAUCACUUGCCCAACUCAGUGACCUAAAUCAGGACGACCAGAACUUCAUCCAAAACCGAGCCAUCGCUUUCAGCGUCAAGCUCCAUGAUCCCAGCCAGUAUCUCGGAAACGCCGACAUCAGCUUCAGCUGGGACUUUGGCGACAGCAGUGGGACUCUGAUCUCCAGAGAGCAAACUGUCACUCACACAUACCUCGCUGUUGGGGCCUUCAAGCCUCAGGUGGUGCUGAUGGCAACCAUCCCUGGCGACUGCGGUAACCCCACUGCUUCCCCAGCAGUUAUCGUGAUAGACCCAACUCAAGCAGCACCAGCUGAGGCAGGAGAUGCAAUUGCGCUGGAUGUCCCUGCUCCUGACGCCACCCCGCUUGCUGCUUCUGUCCAGCCAGCCGACACAGCUGCAGAUACAGUCGAUGGAGACGCAGUAGUUGAUACAGAUGCAGAGGUUAUAGAGGUUGCCUCGGUAGCACCUGCAGGAGUUGAUGCAGCUGUUGUUCCAGCAGAAGAUCCUGCCAAUGCUGCUGCAGAGGUAGAUGCUGCGGCAGAUGAAACAGAUGCUACUACAGGGGAGGCAGCCACUGUGGCCCCUGUUGCACCUGCAGCUGAAGAACCGGCAGUUGCAGAUACAGCUGCUGUCGAUACAAAUGCUGACGAAACAGCGGUUGUAGAUACAGAGGUUGCAGAUGCAGCAGUUGUAGAUGCCGACACAGUGGUUGUAGAUACAGCGGUUGUAGAUGCCGACACAGUGGUUGUAGAUACAGCGGUUGUAGAUGCCGACACAGUGGUUGUAGAUACAGCGGUUGUAGAUGCCGAUACAGCGGUUGCAGAUGCAGCAGUUGUAGAUGCCGACACAGUGGUUGUAGAUGCCGAUACAGUGGUUGUAGAUACAGCAGCUGCAGAUACAGUGGUUGUAGAUGCCGAUACAGCUGUUGCUGAUGAAGCUGCUGCAGAUACAGAUGCUGCAACAGCUGUCACUGAAGAAAAUGUGAUUGAUGCUGCUGCCUCAGUUGCCCCUGUUGCAGAGGGAGAAGAAACUGCCGUUGAGGACACUGCUGGAGUCACCGUUGCUCCUGUGGCAGAAGAAGCUGUGGAGCAAGAAGCUGAAGCUGUGGCUACUGAUGCUGAUGCUGCAGCAGAGGUUGUCCAAGCUGAAACAGCAGCUCCUGCUGAUGACGCAGUCGCUCCUGUUGCCACUGAGGCCACAGUUGUAGAAGAAGCAGCACCAGUGGAUGCUGCAGUGGAUACUGAGGCUGAAGUACAGGAAACUGAGAAUGAAGUUGUAGCAACUGUAGCUGCUGCGGAAAUAGCAGCUGUUGAGGAAGAGGCUGCUCCAGCUGAAGCGGAAGCAGAUCCAGCUCAAGUUGUUCUUGUUGUGGCUAAACGACAAGCACCAGAACUGGCAGCUGAUUGUAUGGUCUACCGUUAUGGCUCCCUUGCCACUUCUGUGGAUGUCGUCCAGGGUAUUGAAAGUGUAGAGAUCGUACAGGUGUCCAAUGUUGUGUCAAUGACGACGGAGGUGGUUCAAAAUGCUGUGGACGUCACCAUCUCCUGUCAGGGAAGUCUGCCAAGUGAGGUAUGCACAGUCAUUUCAGAUGCUGACUGUAUCACACCAGUGCAAACCAUCUGUACUGCAGCCACACCAUCUCCGGACUGUCAGAUGAUCCUUCGCCAGUUCUUCAAUGACUCUGGAGUAUUUUGCAUCAACGUCUCCUUGACCAAUGACGUCAGUCUUGCUGUGGCGAGUGCCAGAGUCAGUGUAACAGUAGCCUCUGGCGGUUCCCCAGCUGGAACAGCCGCCACUGUCCUGGGUGUCAUGGUUCUCGCCUGCGUUGUCUGUUGUAUUGGUUUGAUGUACAGACGGUUCAAGCAGUACCAGCCUCUCAGCGAGGACCAGAGUGGAGGCAGCGCGACGGUCACAUCUGUGCCUUUGUUGUUGUGGAACUUGUUGAGUCGACAGUCGCCAGGAGAAAGUCGUCCGCUGCUUCAGGGGAGGAUGGUGUGAAUAUCAUCAGCAGCUCAUGCAGCUCAUGCACUGAAUCUACAACACUUGCUAACAUAUCGGCUUUAUACACGUAAUACUCUUCUGUAGUAUUUUGUAACUCCCAUUCAAUGUAAUGGACCACACUCAGUUAGAGUGAACCAGCCAUGUAAAACACAUUUGUUGGGAUAGAAAGGAGUCACGUGUGUAAUAAAGUUGCAAUAAAAAUUGUUGAAAUAUGUUAAAGGAAAGUUAUAUUUAUUUUGACACUGAUAGUUUUUAGAAGCUAUAGCUCUUAUUUGUGGCCUACUUAUACUAAACCAAUUGGAGAAUCAACGUUAACACAUUUCAGCUCUAUUUCUUUACAAUGUCAUUUAAAUCACGCGCACCACCGAAUAAUUAUAAUGUUUGCUACGCUAAAAUGAAUAAAAUUGAACUUUCUCAA